GAAGUAUGAGUUGGGGACUCAUGGGAUUGUGGACUGUGGCUACCAAUUUCAGUUACUGAUCGUCUGCCUUGAUGAUCGUACCGGGACUUUGAGCUCAAGAAGUACUAAUUUAAGUAUAAGUGACUUAAACAAUGAAGAUCAUUGUGUUAACAGCCGUUCUAUUGCUGAGGCAGGCAGUUUGGGCAGGAGAGGAUGUUAAACCUUCCGUGGAAAUUGUAACACCACAAUCUGUGAAGAGCCAGGUAACACCAAGGGCACAGGAUGUUGAUACAGGAAGUUCUGCCCCAUCCACUGCCAAUCCUAGUGAUUCUAUGGAUUAUUGGGAGAAUGAUGACUUUGUCCCAUUCGAAGGACCAUUUAAAGAUAUCGGAGAUUUUGACUGGAAUCUUUCAAAGAUCGUCUUUGAGGAAAACAAAGGUAAUGUUAUCUUGUCGCCGUUUUCCGUCAAGCUACUAAUGAGUUUGCUCUUCGAGGCCAGUGCUGCAGGUACUCUGACCCAGCACCAACUCAGACUGGCCACACCAACCAUCUCCACCCACUAUCAGUCCAGGGAAUUCUACAAAAAUAUCUUCAAUGGACUUAAGAAAAAGAGUAAUGACUAUACGGUGAAUCUCGGUACGAGAAUCUACGUGGAUCAGUUCAUUAGCCCCAGGCAGAGAUAUGCUGCCAUCCUGGAGAAGCACUAUUUGACAGAACUGAGGCAGGAAGACUUCUCAAAUGUCCAUGAAACCACUGCGAAGAUCAACAAUUGGGUGGCUAAUGUCACAGAAAAUCAUAUCAAGGAGCUGGUGAAGGAGGAAGAUGUCCAGCACUCUGUCAUGCUGAUGCUCAAUGCUGUGUACUUUAGGGGAUUGUGGAGGAAAGCCUUCAACAGAACCAUCCAGCUUCCCUUCCACUUAUCCCUAAAUGAGUCAAAGACGACUGAAUUCAUGCUGGCCGAUGGACUGUAUUACUUCUAUGAAUCCAAGGAAUUGGAUGCAAAGAUUCUCAGGCUUCCCUACAAAGGAAAACAAUUUGCAAUGACUGUGAUUCUCCCGAAUUCCAAGAGUGGCAUCCAUAGUUUUGUCCGACAAGUUGAUACUAUCCUCCUGCACAGGAUCAAGUGGCUGAUGGAUGAGGUUGAAUGUAGAGUGCUCCUGCCCAAAUUCCACUUUGACAUCACGACGCAGAUGAAGGAUCCACUGAUUAAAUUAGGAAUUAGUCAAAUCUUCACGAGCGAUGCUUCCCUGCCAUCCCUGGCCAGAGGACAGGGUCUUCAGAAUCGCCUACAAGUUUCCAAUGUCCUCCAAAAGGCGGGAAUAUUUGUGGACGAGAAAGGCAGCACAGCAUAUGCUGCAUCCGAAGUGAGCCUAGUCAACAAGUUUGGAGAUGAUGAAUUUGUCAUGUUCAAUGCCAAUCAUCCCUUCCUGUUUGCCAUCGAGGAUGAGACUACAGGUGCUAUACUCUUCACAGGAAAAGUUGUCGACCCCACGCUGUAGUCUUUUUUUAGUGGCAUUUAAUGAUUUUUCCGCGAGUGACAUUCCUGGCCAUUUUUUCCCUGCUGUCUCUCCACUGGAAGGCACUUCCCAUGCUCGAGGACACUUCCUCACCUAUCAAUUGUGAUUCUCGGCCACACAAACAGCUGUACUUUCUUUUUUUUAUACAAAUAAAACGUGAAUAUUUUGUGAAAAACAAAA